AUGGAAUCAUCUACAUCUUCUACGACUAAACCAAAACCCACAUCCCAACUACAAUCCCAAGAUGAACACACAAUAGUCCAAGUUCCAUCUAGCCGUCACAGCCGUCACAGCCGUAGUCUCUCAAUUGAAAGACCACAUAAUGGUAAACCAAUUUCCAAGAUAAUAUGCUCACCCAGAAUGAAAUAUGUGGGCACAUGGAGUAACGAUGAUAAAUCUGUCGUUUUAUGGUCGAUAAUCACUGGACAAGAACAUUUAAAAUACGAAAAUGAAAUUUUAAGAACGAGCAUUACCGAGCCCAACACGUUAUCUGCCGUAUCUGAUGAUAUGCACGUUGUGAUAAAGACCAAUUCUUAUCAUCUUAAUUUUGAAAUGUUUGAAGUCAUGACUAAACAAAAACCACCGCUUAGAUUUCCAAAUAUACGAAAUAUCAUUGAAAGAUCUGAAUUCACUAUAAAUGGUGACUUUGUAGUGGAUGAUAAUCCUGGAACAUCAAGGAUUUAUAUUUAUUCCACAAUGAACGGAAUGAAUUUGGCCACUUAUGAUUAUGAUUCUUCGAUUUCAAUCGAUAAAAUAUACUUUAUAGCUCACGACAUUGGUGAACGUUUACUUGUCAUAUCACAUGAUACAGAAAAUAAUGUUAAGAUGGAUUUAUUUGAUCCAUAUACUCUUGAAAAUCCCGUUAAUGCCGAAAAAUUAUUUGAAAUCGGUGCCAUGAUCCAAAACCCUUAUACCAUAAAAUUUAGUCAGUUAAUUGGUUUGAUUGAUGGUAACAUAUCAAUUUAUAGGAGAUUUAUUCGUAAUAAAUGGAUUGAUUAUUUACGAGAACAACUUAAUGAUUAUAAUAGAUUAUUUACAUUAUCUGAUAGAAAAGUAAUGCAUGAAAUGAUUAAAAAAGCAAUGAAUAUUGGAAGUUAUGGUCUCAGCAGAUACGAUAUUGACCAUAUUGAACAAGAAGAAACGUAUCAAGGUCGUUUAUUAAGAUGGGAAUUAGAUUGUCGAGUUCAAAAGUUGUUUAUACUCAAGGCAUUUCAUUUUAAUCAUGAAGGAAAUGAAUGGCAAUUGGUGCAAGGAAAAUCUCAACGUAAUAUAUUUCCUAAUUUUCAUUCGGAAAUUCGAGAUAGACCACAGUACAUUAUUCAAUGCAGGAUACUUGAGAAUGAUGAUUUAUUCAUGGUCACGACUUUUGGUGUACUUAUCUGGACUGUAAUACCCGACAAAGGAAUCAGAUUACUAUAUUAUUGGGGAAAUGAGGAUCUUUAUUAUCAAGAAUUGACUUACACAAAAUUAUCCUAUAGUGAUCCAUUUGUAAAAAGAAUUCUUCCACCAUCAGAAUUUGAUAUUAUUAUUAAAUUUAAGGAGUUAUCAUUUGGUCCUGAAGGAAGCCAAGAUGUGAGUUACUUUUUUAGAGAAUUUAUUGAAGAUUAUAUUACCAAUAAAUUUUCUAUAAUAUAUUAUGGAAGUAUUAUUAUGAAAUCAUUCAUAAAAAUGGAUGCUGAUUUAAUGAUAGAAAAACUGUGUGAAAGUUGUUUUGAAUUUAAUUUUAGAUCAAAUGAUGAUAGCAAUGAUGUAUCAACUUCGAAUAUUCAAUCACUUAGCAUAAUCGUACAAAUAUUUCCUGAAUUAAUACAAAAACAUCCGAAUUAUCUAGCUGGUUUUCUAUCACGGGCUGCUUUCGUGAUUCCUUUUAUCGAUCUAUCAUCAAAGGUUAGAGAGAAAGCUUCCAUAUUUCAUUCUUCACAUCUUUAUCAACAUGGAACUUAUAAUUAUUUAUCAAAAACUUCAUUUAUUAAUAUUUUUAUUUCGAGAAUUUAUGAACGUUGGAAACAUUUUCAAUAUAUUCA